AUGUGAUGAGAUGGACAACCUUGUGCUUGUAAAGGAUGCAAAUGUGGGUAGUAGAAUACGGCAAAAGAACCAUCAAACCAGUCGUGCAAAAGAAAAGGCAAAGAGGUAGUUUUCUGAUAACCAUUCUUUUGUAUGUGAUCAAACAUUUUUUUAAACUUUAGGUACUCAGACCCAGACCCGGAUUUAAGAAAAUUUAAGAGGCUCUGCAAACAUGCUGGAAAGACAUACUUUUGUACAAAGGUUCGCAACUGUGACGUAAAACUGAUUCGCAAGAAGUUCUUCGAGACGCAGGACAAGGUUCAGCAAGAUAUGAAACUGUGCCACAUGAUUUCCGUUCUUCCAACUGCAAGAAAGAGAUCCAUCAAGAAUGAGCCCAAGAAUCGUGCACUUAACUUAGUGUAUUUUUUAAAACGAGAAAACACGGGUAUUAGGGUGUGUCAGACAUUUUUUCGGAAUGCUCUUGGGUUGACAAACCACAGAAUCUCGCAUGUCGCAAAAAUAAUUUGCCAAGGGGAGGUACCAAAAGAAAACCGUGGUGGUGACCAUACAUCGGCCAAAAGUGCUACCAAGCGAGAAAAAGUUGUAGAAUUCAUUGGACAGCUUAAAGGGCAGGAAAGUCACUAUAACCGAGCAAAAUCCAAACGGAUUUAUUUACCUGCUCACUUAAGCAUAGCUAGACUGCACAAAAUGUUCACGGAGUCUGUUGAUUCUCAGUAUAAAGUGUCAUAUUUAAUGUUUAGAAAGAUAUUUUUAACCAAGUUCAAUAUUGGCUUUUCAUCUCCGGCAUCAGAUUGUUGUGGUCAGUGCACAAGAUUAACGCAUAUGAUAAAAAUUGAAAAUGAUCCAAAGAAAAAGAGUGAGCUUAGCUUACAAUAUCGUGUCCACAACAAAAGAGUGAAGUGUUUCUACGAAAUGAUGAAGGAGAAACCAGAAGAUGCUGUGAGCCUUUGUUUUGACCUUCAACAGGUUCAGCCGCUUCCCCGAACACCCAUUAGCGAUGCAUUCUAUUCACACCAAAUCAGCUUUUAUUCAUUGUGUUGCGUUGGGAUGAACUCGAAGAACCCGACCUUUUACCUAUGGACUGAGGACUUAGCUUCACGUGGUUGUACAGAAAUUGGAUCUGCGUUACUUUCACACUUGAAUGAGGUACCUUUAGCAAACAAAACAGUUAUAAGAUUGUUCUGUGAUGGAUGCGGAGGACAAAAUAAGAAUAGCCAUAUUGUGCAUACGUUAUUGUAUUGGUUGAAAUUUGAAUCUCCUCUAAAUAUUACUCAAAUAAAUCUUACCUUCCCGGUUAGGGGGCACAGCUUUAUGCCGGCUGAUAGAGCAUUUGGUAGGGUGGAAAAGCUCCUGAGAAAACAUCCCACCAUUGAAACAAAACAGGGAUACCACAAACUGUAUGCAGAAGUGGGUGCCAUUAAGAUAUUGGGACAAGACUGGUUUAUUAAGGAUAUUAAGGAAUUACAGACUUUUUAUAAAAAGGUGGAUGGAAUAUCUGAUUUGAAAAGAAUCGUUUUCAAAAAAACACGAAAAAACAAUCGAAACAACGUUACUGUUACCUGCUAUCAACAUUAUCGAUUUGAAAGCACGAAUGAAAUACAACAGAGUCUGCUUAAGAAAAACAAAUCUGACCAAGGUUUUCAACUCAACAAUAUGGAAUUACACCGCUCUAUUCCAGACAAGAAGAAGAAAACAUUACGGAAGCUUAUGGCUGAGCAAUUUGGGGAGAACUGGGAGAGUCAGGAAAACUUGAAAUGGUACCAACAAAUUUUGUGUACAGCCGAAAAUCAGAGUGAUAACAGUCAUCUUCGGGAGGAUCAUCACGAACUUGAUGAACAGUGUGACUGUUUGGAAGAGGAGGAUUCCCUACACAUUUAAUAAUAUAAUAAUUAUUAUUGUUAUUA